AUGAGUUGCUCACUAAGACUGCUCAAAUCCCUCUCUCAUCUCUAUCUUGUCCACAGCUAUUAUUUCUUUGGUGGUGUCAGUAGCGUCCAAGCGGAUGUCGCCGAAGUCCAAGAACACGAGCAUCAACAGGAAGACGGAGAUAUGGUCAAAGACAUGGUAUCUAAAGCAACCAGAAGAAUGAAGAAAAUUCAACCAGAACCACCAAACAACAACACAUCCCAACCGCCUAACAAGAACACAUCCCAAGGAGGUUCGACCGGCGGAGCAGACUCGGCAAGCGCGAACAACGGCCAAAGCGCUUUGGAAGAACUGAGCGUUACACAAACAGAACACUUAAGUAUUGCGGAAGGAUCGAAAGAUAAAGGUCCUACCUCUGCGAGCAGUAGCACUGAAGACGCCAUAAACGAUGCAGCGUCGAAAGAUAAUGAAGUAGUCGAAGUACAAUUGACUAAAGAUAAACAAUCAGAUACAGUAACCGCGUACCGUAAUUUGUUAUCAAGACGAGAAUCGGAUGGGCCUUUGCUAGUAGUGAAUAAAGCCCCCGACCUGCACACACCGCGAUCGGUUUUGCAAUCCCUAACAGACAGAGAAAAACUGUGGGAGAAGAUCGUUGAAUCAAAAUUAGCAAACGACGAAGCGAAUGCAGACUUCCUGCUCAGAAUCUAUCUCUCGCUCCCAAAAGAAGAAAUCACCAAGACUCUACGCGUCCCAGUGGAGUUAUCAGAACUGCGCUCCACAUCGGCAGACGUGGCAAUCCCUACUCAAAGAGCUAAUUCAGUAGAUAAGACUGUUCAAUUCAUAAAAGGCUCAGUUCCCAACCAUUGCGAUAUAGGCUUCACUCCUUUCUUUGACAAGAACAUCCGAGAGUUCAAAGGGCCACUACCCUUGACUAUCUUUGAUAGGGAGUGGCAAGAAGAUGCGGUCAAUUUUCACUCCGGCAAGAAAUCUAAGUCGGAUGAGAAAGACGGGGUAUACACGGGGUACGAAUACCCAAACGAGUGGUCGCAAUCCUUUAGCGCUUGGUCCAACAACUUCAGGAGUUUUCUCAUGACUUAUCGAGACAUUUACAAGAUACCAGAAUUUGCAGAGUGGAUUGUGGCACACAAAGCAAACAUUGACGAAAUCAUCGCCAACGAGGGGUUCCUAACCGGUUUCAGAUAUGACAUGAUCAUACAAGCAAACACAUUUGCGUACAGAGUCGAAACGUCCAAUGGAGCUUCAGUCGUCGACAUUUCCGUGAUGCGCAAAGAUGUACAAGAGAAAGCGUGGGCAGUGACGAGAAAGUUAGACGAACUUGAUUUCAAAGAUAACCCAUAUGCGCAAGGAGGAAUUAAAGCAGGUUUUGAUCCGAAGACUGGCAGACCUAAGAUUGGCAAGAAUCACAAAUCUUUCACCGAUGCGAGCCCGUACUCGUCGGGGCCGAACUCUAGCGGAUACGGUAACUCGUCAAGAGGCAGAGGAGGUUUCAGGAAGAAGAGUUUUGGGCGAGGGGGCUAUGGUUACGAAAAUGGUCCGGACGACCGACGAGACGAAGAUUUUCGAGGAUGGGGUGAUAGGAGGUUUAACAAUCAACAUAGAUUUGGGGGUCAAGAUAAUUACACCCAAAACCGAUUCUCGCAUAAUCAAGGCUACUCAGGGAAUCAAGCGUAUAAUAAGGAUGAAGGUUAUAAAUCUCAUCCAGCUCCAGCGCCAAACACUUUCAGAAACAACCACCAAAAUAAAGACCUAGCUAUGAAAGGAAGCGGGAAAAGAGAGCAAAAGGAUGGGAAAGACUUGUAGGUUGAAUUAUUCCCUGAUCGGUUGCCUGUGACCUCUGUUUGUAUUUGAGACUGG